AAACUUUUUUUUUGAAUUUGUUACUUUUUUUGGAAAGUUUUUUUUUAUUUUUAAAUUUCAUUACAAUAAAGAGAUGAAUAUUUGCCAAACAAUUCCUGAUCAGGAAUAAAUAAAUUCAAUUCAAUUGUUCAAACAUCAAAAGUUUUUGCGAAUCUGAUAAAACAACAAAUCUUGAUAAGCUUGGUCAUCAAGGUGUGUGUGUGUUCAUAUCAUUUGGACAAUUAUUAGCUCUUUUUUUUAUCGUAAAAAAAAUUAUUGACACAGGUGGCAAUAAUAAUUAUCAUCAUCAUCAUCAUCAUCAAUUCGGGUCCAUUAUUAUGGUCACGAGCAUAGAGACCUGUCGUCUAGACUCUAGACUAUGAGAGACAGUUAUACAAAAACAACAACAAGUUGCCGCCGUCAACAAGUCGACCAACACCACCGCUGCGUGUGGCUAAAGAGUUAUUAUUGUGUUUUGAUGACAACAAAAGAGGGUAUACAUGCGGCAAACAUCAAAAAGUGGCCACUUAAUCAAUCCUGAUAAAUCAAUGAUAAUUGGUAAAAUAUAGGUCUCGUGUGUUUGUGUGUGUAUAAACUGCCGUUCUGUCUCGUUGAAUGGUAUGUGGAUGAUCGUCUUUUUGGUUUGUGUGUGUGUAUGCAUUGCUUUACAAGCAAGAAAAAGAUGGGCGGCUUUUUCGUUUUCAAUGUUUCUUGGGCGGUACUUCGAUGAUUGGUUCGAAGAUUUGGUAUUUAAGAUUCUGCCAUUCAGCUAUGUCUUUUUUCGUGCCAUCAUCUGGAUAAUCUAAACACCGAUGACAAGACAAGACAGUGAAUUUUCAUCGAUGAAAUGGAAACUGAAAACAAUGAAAUAGUCAAUAUUGAUGAUAAAGAUGUUCAUGAUGGUGAACAUACGACAAAAACAGAAGAAGAAUUCAUCAAUGAUCAUAAAGUGAAAAAAAUGAAACAAAAAAUGCAACGAAAAUCUUGUUCAAGAACAUUGAAAAAAUCAACAAAACGCAAGAAUCAUGAUGAUGGAAAAAGUGGCCGCCAAACACAAAAUUCUAAAAAAAUAAAAUCAUCGUCAACGAUUAAACAAGAAGAUUCAUAUGAUAAUCAUCAUCAUCAUCAUCAAUUUCUUUAUCAGCAACAAGAACCAUCGAUGAUUAAAUCUGAAAUUGAAAUGAAUAUCAAUUCAAAUGAUACAAUAAGAUCGGGUGUAGAAGAAAUUGAUUAUUAUUCAAUGAUGAUGAUCAAUGAUAAUGUACAACAACAACGACAACUAUCUACUAGCGAUCAAACAUCAGAAAAAUCAAUGAAAGAACAACGUGUUAAUGCCAAUGUACGUGAAAGAUUACGUACAAAAUCAUUGAAUGAAGCAUUCGGUUUGCUCAGACAAAUGAUACCAACAUUACCAUCGGAUAAAUUGAGCAAAUUUCAAACAUUGAAACUAGCAUCACGUUAUAUACAAUUUCUAGAUUGGAUGCUUUCAUCGGAAAAUUAUGGCCAAACACCACCACCACCACCACCACACCACAACAACAAAAACAAGAAUCGGCAACAAACAUUUGUUUUGAUCUAUAAUAAUAAUCAAGAUCGUUUACCAAGUUUUUAUGAAUUAAAUUCAUUACCACCAACAACAGCAACGAAAACAAUGAUCAUACAUAACGAUGAAGAUAGAUAUGAUGAUUAUCCAUUACAAAAUCACCAUCAUCAACAUUCACCAACAUCAUUAUCAUCGACAGCAUCAUCAUCAUCGCCACAUUCAUCACAAUCAACGCCAUUCUAUAUGAAUCGAUUGCCUAAUUAUCAAAUGAAUCAAUCAAAAUCAUUGGAAUCAUCAACAUCGAUUGAUACAUUUAUAUCAUAUGCAUUUUCAAUGUGGCGUAUGCAAGCAUCAGAUUCAUCAAUCACAGCGACAACAUCGUCAUUACAAACACCACCACUACCACCAGCACCGACAACAACAUCGGCUGAUCCAAUAUUAAUCAAUUAUCAUCAUCAUCAUCAU